ACAAUUGACAAGUAGUUGUUUGUUUUGACUUUUAAAUUAUAGAUAGUUUUAAUUUAACUUUUGUCUUUUAUUUAGUUAAUUUACCAUUUUAGCUUUGGGAUUUGAGGACCGUACCUAAGUUUCCUAUUUCCCAUCGAAACGUAACGUUCGUUUUCUGUAAAUUAUAAGAAUUUUUUAUUUUCCAUUAUGGGUCCACCGCCCGUCGUUACUGGUAUUUCUCCAAAGGAAGGUCCUCCCGGUACGAAAGUGACAAUUCGAGGGGAGUUUCUCGGUACCAGUCCAACAGAUUUAUAUGGGCUUAAGAUUUGUGGCUGUGAUUGCCUGCUCUCAGCGGAAUGGAAGAGCAAGAACAAAAUAGUCGCGAGGUCUGGUCCGUGCAAGGGUCGCGGCGACAUCAUUGUCACUACCAAAUCUGGUGGUGAAGGAACUUCCACUGUCCAGUUUAGAGGUUACCAUGAAUCCAUAGGCCCAGUAAAAGAGAGUGCAGUCUGGGUUGAAGAGGCAGCCCCUCCAUCAUUGCCCUGGGGCCGCAGACCUAUGUCACCCACUGCAUACACUCCACCUGACCCCCUCGGCCUGUCUACUGAGGGUGAUGAUUGUAAAUUCCCUGAGGAAGAGCUGAAUGAGUUGUUUCCAGAUGGCUCUGGAAAAUUAUCAGAUGAAAACUUUCAACCAGGCUGGUAUCUUUUGGAACACCAUAGUAAUACUUCCUUCGAGGAUCUCAGAGCUGGGAUGGUGUUUUUGCAAAGAAAGGUAGAAGGUCAAAAAGAAGGGCAACUGAGCUUUCUAAAAGCAAAUACUGGUGCUGUAAUGGACCAGUUGGACCGACUGGUGCUUCUCAAGAACAUGUAUGAAGAGGACCAGAGGAAGAAUGGCAAAGAACCUUUACCCAGCUUAGAAGCUGCAAUUGAAGAAUCCAUUACUCUGGCUGAUUCCUUAUUUUCGGAAAUAUUGUCGCGCAAAGAGAAUGCGGACAAAACACGGGAAGCACUUUCUCUGCUCACGCGGCACAAGUUCCUCUUUCAACUGCCCGCGUCUAUAGACAAGAAUAUACGCAAAAAAGAGUAUGAUCUUGUUGUCAAUGACUACAGCCGUGUGAAAAAUCUGUUUGGAAAUACUGAUGUUAAGCUUUUCCAAAAAAUUUUGGAUGAAAUUGAUAGAAAAAUUGAAGAUUUGAAAGAAAAUUUACACACAAGAAUGAAGACCAUGCCUGUAAACGUCCAAGAACAAACCAAAUAUAUAAGGCUACUUAACAGCUUGAACUGGGAAGGCGACGCGGCGUGGGUCGCCAUAACAACUCGCAAGGAAUACCUGAUGAGUCUCAUGAACAAAGUGAAGGAUCAUUUCAAGUUGAAGGAAGAACAAGAAUCUGGUGAGAAAGGUAAGCGUAAAGCGAAGGAGCCCGAGAGCGAGGGGUCGUGGAGCGCGGUGCGCGGCGCGUGGUGCGCGGCGGCGUGCGGCGCGCUCGCGUCCGAGCUGCACGCGCUGUGGCCGCUCGCGCGCCGGUACUUCGCCGGCGAGCUGGCGGGGCAGCCCUCCGACCCGCAGAGACACGCCGACCUCAAGGAAAUGAUAAUAGCGGCCGUGCAGCUGUUCUCGUCGCAUAUGCGCGCGUGCCUGCUGGCGGGCGGGGCGCCCCCCGGCGCGGACGUGCUGCGCGCGCGCCUGCUCGCCAACCUGCGCAGUCUGCGAGAGGCCUACGAGUCCUUGCUCAAACUAGAUCUACCUUCGCAGCCGCUCAGCAUCGUGGAGAAGGUGAUAUUCGACUACCGCGUGCACGGCAUGUCGGUGUUCCUGCAGCGCGCGCAGCGCCGCGUGAAGGCGCUAGCGGACGACGAGGCGUGGAAGAUACACGAGUUCACCGACUACGGCGCCAUCACCAACCUCCCACACCUUCUGGAAACAUAUCUAAACGACGCACUGUCCUCAAUACACAAGUGCGUGUUCGCGAGCGGCAGGCGCGAGACGCCGCUACUGAGUGAAGGCAGCGAGCCUCUGGCGAUACUGCAGAAACACACGCAACAAAUACUGCUGGCGUUUGAACGAGUGCUUGAGGAGUUGGCGCUGCAGCAGGAUGAUCAGAAUUUCAACACGACCAGUCUGUCAGUGGCGCUGGACCAGCCGCUGGAGGAGCCGCAGCGCGCGCUGGGCGACGGCAGAGUGCGCUCCUGUCAGCAGAGGCUGCUGAUAGCGGCCAGCAAUGCGCAGUACACGCGCCGCGUCACGCUGCCGGCUGUUGCUGCCUCCUUCCAGCAUUUCGAAUUUCCAAAGCCGGUGCUGGCUUUGCAGACAACGAAGGAAGCUCUAAGCAAUCUCGAGUCGAGGAUCGCCGAGACGUACUUAGAGCUCAAGGGAGACCCACUCGUGGGCACGAUAGAGCCCAGCAUGUAUAUGGGCAGACACGAGAUAGACCCAGAUGCGAUCGUCGACGAUGCCCGCCCCUAUGUCUACGAGAUCAUCAACAACCUCAUUGCAGUGCAUGCUGAGGUGGACAGUAUAUGCGGCGCGUCGUGCUCGCGUUACGUGCGCGACAUCAGCGAGACUGUGUGCGAGGAAGUGUCGCGGCUGUGGCACGGCGCAAGGCCUACGUCUCGCGCGGCUGUGUUCCGCGCGCGCCUCGAGACCACCCUGCUGAGGAUGGCGUGCGCCUCACACCUCACUGUGAAAGCUGACGAUUAUCUUGUGAAAACGUUGGAGGCUUUGGAGUUACGAGAAACUGAAGAAGAAAAAAAGCGCAUGGAAACAAUCAUACAAAACAUUAAAAAGCGGAUGGAGUUACAACUGUCUAGCCUUAACAGUUGUAAUAUUGAGACUGUUUGAAUUAGGCUUUACGAGUAAAUGCAGCAGGAUUCUUUGUAACUCGCUUGUAUAAAAAACGCGUGAAUGAGCAUUGUGUUCAUUUACCAUUAUUGUAUAAUCGAAUAUGAUAUUCAUAUAUUAUUGUUAUUUAGUACUUAUUUGUAUAAUGCCAGCCACUAACGAUCAAGUAAUCUCACAUGCCUGCAGCACUAACGGUCCUAUAAAACUGAUCGUGUGUUGGUCGCGAUGUGCAUGAUGUCAUGUGAGAUUACUUGAUCGUCAGUGGCUAACUUAUUUAUAUAUAAACGGCAGUAUUUAGGAAUACUUAUUAAUAUUAUGAAAAAUGUGAAUUUUAUUUAAUUAUUGAUAGUAAACUAAGUUUAUUAAAAAAUAUAUUUUAAUUAAUUAUGCUGGCCACAAAAGACAUUGUAAAUACACAAAUAAUAAUUAUAAAUGCGUGUUUAAAAAUAUUAUUAAGAGAAUAAAAUAAUUUAUAUUAUUA